AAGCGGUUGGCGGCAUAUAACCUGAGCAGUUGUGUCGCCAGGGAUGUAAUUACUGCAAUCAAUCUUUAAAAAGCAGUAUGGGGCAGACUCUGAGUGAACCAGUGACACAGAAAGAAACUUCUCGCUGUGAGAAUUCAUGGUUACGUGUUGGUGCAUCGUGUAUGCAGGGAUGGCGGGUGAACAUGGAGGAUGCUCACACAACUAUACUCUCCCUGCCAGAUGACCCAGGAACAGCAUUCUUUGCUGUUUAUGAUGGUCACGGAGGAGCAAGAAUUGCACAGCAUGCUGGCAAGCACCUACACAAGAGUAUCUUAAAACGACCAGAGUACAAACAAGGUGACAUUGAAGCGGCCAUGAAACAGGGUUUCCUAGACUUGGACAACUUCAUGCAGACAGAUGAGGUGCUGAAGGAUGAAUUGGCAGGUACCACAGCUAUCUGCUGCCUUCUUCGCAAUGGCUCUGUUCAUUGUGGUAAUGUUGGAGAUUCUCGAGCAAUAGGAAGUGUAGCAGGGCACGUUGCAGAGUUAAGCAAUGAUCACAAACCCAGCCUAGCAUCAGAACAACGAAGAAUCACAGCAGCAGGGGGGUGGGUGGAGCUCAACAGAGUUAAUGGUAACUUGGCACUCUCAAGAGCUUUGGGAGAUUUUGUUUUCAAGAAAAAUGAACUAAAAAGUCCCGAGGAACAAAUUGUAACUGCAUCUCCAGACGUAAUUGUUAGAGAGCUGACAGAAGAAUGGGAGUUCAUCGUGUUAGCGUGUGAUGGCAUAUGGGAUGUCAUGACCAACCAGGAAGUGGUAAACUUUAUACGACUACGGCUGUCACAGGGCAUGGAACCAGAAGAUGUGUGUGAGGACCUCAUGACCCGGUGUCUGGCUCCUGACUGCCAGAUGGGUGGUUUGGGCUGUGACAACAUGACUGUUGUUCUCAUCUGCUUUGUUCACUCAGGAUCCUGGCGUGAGUUACAGGAGAAGUGUGCACGGCCGUGUUUAUCGCUGUCGAACCAGAGCAACGACGAGGACAGUGACUUGGACUUGCAGUGAGCAUUAAAGGGAACACUUAAGUCAUUUUGUAAGGAAACUGGUCAACAGUAGAUGAAUACAUACUUUCAUAACUCAUCUUUACUUGUUUUAUAUAUAUAUAUAUAUAUAUAUAUAUUCACUAUCAUGUGAUGACAUUAUGCAUAAAGAGCUUUGCUAAGCCAUUUAUGGCAUUAAAGGAAAUACAUAAAUUAUAGACAUUAUUUAAUGAAAAAUAAAGGUUGAGUUUAAUAUAAUACAGUAUAGUAUAGUAUACAUGCUUGCUACUUGUAGGCACUCAGUUUGUCAGACGCUGUUGUGGACAUGGACAUUAAAGCUGGGGUGAGAAAGAUAAUUGUGGUAUUUGUUGGUUCUUAUCAGUGUUUGUUUCCUCAUUGUUGUGUUAAAGAUAAUGUCAUCUUGAAUGGCACCAUUUGAUUACUGACACUUACAGUUAAUGUCUAUUGUGAAUUUGUCUUACUUUAAUGAUUUUAUUCUGCUGAAGGAUAAAUGGGUUUGUUAGUUGACAAGUGUUAUGAGGCUGUACACUUUUUGUAAACUGUGUAUGUGUAAUUGUUCCAUAUCUUGUGGGUAUGUUAAUGAGGAAUACUCUUAUAUUAUUCAUAAGGAAAUUUCUGUUCCCAAAUUAUCUGUCUCUUUUAGCACUUGUAAGUACAUAUUUUGUUCACAUAUUAAUGUAGUGUGUUGUGUUGUGUGUGCAGUUUUAAGCCUUCAGUCUGUUCAUUAUGCUUUGAUAAUCUUGAUUAUGUCACUUAAAGUUAUUUACAUUAUUAGCUGCUACUGCUGCAGAACAAAAGGGUACAUUAAUCUCAGUCACAACCAAGGCAUAUUUUCUUUUAUUACUCAAUAUUUUACUAAUGUGCUUUUAUGUUCUUUCAAUACAUUUUUGUUUUUAGACUGGUAACCUGGAUUAAUUCUUGCAAAAAUAAGUUACAAAAUAAUUUGUAGUGUACAGGCUAAAAGUUGGGAGGAUGCUCAAACUGUCCUUUUUAGAUUCAAUGCUUUUUAUUUGACUUUAUUUCACGGAUUUUCUGUUUGGGUGACCACCAACAUCCAAGACAGAACAAUGGAAGCUUUGUUUCAAGAUUAUCCUUCACUAAUAUUUUGACUGUGAAUGCAACAAAGUACUGUAGUAAGAUUUAUGUUGUCUCCAAUCAUCGGCUUGCAGUUUAAAAUGUAAAGUUGUUUCUUCAAAGGAGUCUUUUUCUUUCAAGAUGUCUGCAUAAGUUUACAGAUUGUUCCAUAAGACACCUACCCAUCUCCUACACUAAACCAAACCCUCACUCUGAUUUUAUUUUUGCUUUUCCUUUAUAUCUGCUGUUUGAAACUGAUUCCAUUUACCCUUGUAAUCUUUUUCUCGGUACUGUAUAUAUGUACCGUCUCGAUAUUCCUAUCUUUAUAAUUACAGUAAUCCCUCCCCAACUACAGUUCACCAAAAACUGAUUUGAGUAUCUUAAUUUUAUAUUUUGUACAGUAUACCAUUUCACCAACCACGGUAUCCAGUUUUAAAUAUGUGUGGGUUUCAAUGGAAAACAAAGGAGAUUUCUAGCCAGGCACAACAAGAAUGUUUACUGAAUCAAGUCUAUCAAGCGGUUUGUCUUGUUUGCUUCAUUGGGUAUCUGUUCCUCAAACAAAACUGUAAUAUCAUCCACCAUGCCUAUGUCCUCCUCCUUCUCUAACACUGGACCACGGAUGACAUCAUUUAAAAUACUUAUGCUAGAGUGUGGAUGAUGCAUAUUGGGUCCAAGAAUUUAGAAAUUCAUUAAGAAUCCAUCUUUGGGUCUAUCGGUACAGUAAUGGUGUUAAACUUGUACCAGUGUGUGAAACAUGCUUACAAACAAAAAAAUAUAUCUAUAUUAUGAGCAAUUUUAAUGUUUUAAUUACUGCAUGUUUCUAAAUAUUUAUAGCAACAAUCAACAAACUUGCAAAAUGGUAAUAUUACCAUUAUACUUUACUAUACUAUUUGGUGUCUGUAGUAUUACAGUAUAUAACAAUCAUAUACAGUACUGUACAAACAAAUACACAGUACUGUACUGUACUUCAAAAAAUAUUAACUUCAUCUAAAAAUAAAAUCAGAAAUCUAAAGUUAGUAUAAACAUUUAUGUGUGGCUGACGGACAGCUGACUGUCCCUCAUUUACCUGGGGGUUGUUGUGUCCUGUGUGCAGUCUUAUAUUUUGUAAGGUUAAAGAGCAUUGUUGUAACACCGUCUUGACUUGCUACCUUUCCUAAUAUAUUCUUGUUGUCCGCAAACUUUUGACAAUGUGGCUCAAAAUACUAUAUAUCAUCCAUGUCAUUUAUAUAGAUCACAGACAGGGUUGCCCUAAAGAUUUUUUUUUAGUUAUAUUGUUCUUACAUAUAUCGAGGCCAGGCGCUUGGAGUGGAGGGUAAGAUAACUGACAGCUCCAUUACACUGUUUUUAUUUGUUUUUCUGGUACCUCUAUAGUGUACAGUAUUAUAUAAUUCUUGAUACUGUUUACAGUAUAAUACAAGGGUCACUUCCCCUAACUCCUUAUAUGCCAUUAGACCCAGGCCUUGCCAUAAACCCAGCAGUUAGUGAGGGAUUACUGUACAGUAUAUGUUUUUCAUUUUUGGAAGCCCUUUCUCAGUAUGGUGGGGACCAGGCAGUAACACACUCCACCUUCAUCCUCUCCCAGUAAUGUUCUGCUAUGAGCUACUUCUUCCACAAUAAGGCUCCAACUAGUUUGAUUAUAUCUCCUUAUACAACCAAUUUAAACUAUAAAACCAAUCUGUCCUGUGUCUUCUGAUCAUACAAACACAUUACUGCA